AUGUCAACUACCAUGGAGUCACCUAUAACAUCGUUUAAAGCAAUGUCUAGUUCAGUUCACGGCUCAGAAACUAGUUUAUCCCUUCGCAAUGUUGGACCCUCAACUAUAGAUCCUCCUCAAUUUAUCUCGGAUUAUUAUACAGAACGGGACCCAUUUUAUUUGGAACCAAAACGUAAGUCGGAGGACGAGAUAAAAUUGAAGAAUAAAAAAAUCCAGGAAUUCUAUAGAGAUCAAAAUGAUCUUAUAGACGAACUACUAAGUCCAAUUGAUAAAAAACUAACCCUGAAGGAAUUGGCCAAUAAUUUGCUGAGGGCGAAGAUUGCCGUUAAUGGUUCAUUAGUUGUGAACAUUUUUUUAUUUGGGCUACAACUAUUUUCUGCAAUUUCAUCUGGAUCACUUUCUCUCUUUGCAACAAUGGCCGAUUCUUUUAUGGAUUUAUUGUCAAAUGGCAUCCUAUUUGUUACGGGAAGGGUAUCCCAUGGUAAAAAUUUGAUAAAAUAUCCUACUGGUAUGGCGCGCAUGGAAACGGCGGGUAGUAUCGUUUUUUCGACGUUAAUGUCAACAUUGUCAAUUCAACUUAUUAUAGAGGCUAUUAAGACCUUGAUUAACAAAGGUCAUGAUGCGGAAGUUCAUAUACUUUCAAUAAUAUGUAUUUUGGUCGCGAUAGUUUCCAAGUCGAUAUUGCUGUUUUAUUGCUGGAGUCAACGUCAAUUUCCUUCUGCACGCAUUCUUGCACAAGAUCAUAGAAAUGAUAUAGUUAUCAAUACGUUUGGCCUUAUAAUGUAUUUACUUAGUGCACGUAUAGUAUGGUGGAUAGAUCCUGCUGGUGCUAUUCUAAUCGCUCUGUGCAUCUUAAGAAGUUGGGGAAUCACUGCCUACGAGCAAAUCAAGUUGAUUGUUGGAAAAAGUGCUGACACAACUUUCUUGCGGAGAGCGACAUAUAUUGCGAUGACACAUCACCCUAAAGUUCUUCAAGUUGAUACAUGCCGAGCUUAUCAUGCAGGUAACAACCUUUUUGUAGAAGUAGACAUUGUCAUGGACAAAAAUACUCCACUUUGGGAAAGUCACGAUAUCGGUGAAAGUCUUCAAAUUAAAUUGGAGAAAUUGGAGAAUGUGGAAAGAGCAUUUGUACAUGUUGAUUAUGAAACUAGUCAUAAGCCUGAACACCAAAAAGAGGAAUGA